GCACUACACAUAAUUCCUCCGACAGUAAGAGACUCCUCUUUGCCAUAUUGUCGACACCAAACCCGCGACAUUACUGGCCCCUGCGCGUUCAUAUUCAAACCGAUCUACAAGAAGUUUGAAGGCUCAAGCUGCCUGGGAGCAACAAGUUGAUGACUUCAGGCAGCCCGGCGUCCUCUCGCGGCCAUGUCGACAUCUCCUGAGCCUUGUCCUACAAAUGGACACCACUCGGAUAUCGUUGUCGACCCAGAUAGCCCGGACAUGAACGGCCACAGAAGUGAUAGUGACCUAUCGGAUGCUGCCGAAGGCGAAGUUGAAGUUCAAAUGCCAUCGCCGGACUCUGAACCGGAGUCCCCGAACCCUGCACAAGACGCCGACGAUGUAGACGAUCACGAAGUCUCGGAGCCAAGUGACAACGACGCUUCCGAAGAUGGCGAUUUCGAUGCCGCAGAGAGCCCUGCCUCCGCCAGGAUAGACGCGCAACAAAGCGAGCGAUCCUCGUCAGCCGACUCCCGUCGCCAUGCUAAGCGCAAGGCUGCCGGCGCGCUAGAGGAGGACUUCAUGAGGGAGAAUCCUGAAUUAUAUGGCCUGAGGCGAAGUAAUCGCCCAACCCAGCGCAGAAAGAUAGUCGAUUCCGACGAAGACGAAGUUGAUGGCGAUUCUGAAGAUGAAGUAGUACCAGCAGCGCGUAAAGGUCCAAAGAAGCGACGCGUCGAGCGCUCACAACCAUCUUCCAAAAGAGACACUCCCUUACGAACGACUUCCGCCGACGCGUCAGACUCGGACAAUUAUGGAGGCGCUCGCGCCAGGAGCUUCCAGAAGAAGGCUCGUCGCCAGCAAGAGGCACAGGCUUACCAAGAGAAGAGGUGGUCCAGCCGUAGAGCUGCUCAAGUCUCCGCUGGAGCCUACAAUGAAAGCGAAGUUGACGAUGCAGAAGACAUUGACGAUACUACGCCAAACUAUUGGGCUGCCGAGGUCGAAGACAAUUCCCCUUACAUCGAAAAGAUACUUAAGCACCGAAAGAAGGAGGACGUCGAACUGUCCCCGCACUCGACACGACACGAUUUCGAGUACUACAUCAAGUGGCAAGGCAAAUCUCACAUGCACGACACCUGGGAAACAACAGAAAGCGUCCAUGGUUGCCGAGGGUUUCGGAGACUGGAAAACUACUUCCGCAAAGUCGUUGAGUACGAGCUUGACAUGAGUUUUGGGGAAGACGUCAGCCCGGAGUUGAAAGAACAGUGGGCACUCGACCGUGAGCGCGAGCAAGAUGCUUAUGACGACUACACCAAGGUCGAAAGGAUUGUCGCCGUACGUGAUGGCGACGGCCAAAAGGAGUACCUGGUCAAAUGGAAGGGACUCCAGUACGACGAAUGUACUUGGGAGCCUUCUGAUUUGAUCAGUUCCGAGGCAGGGGACAAGAUAGACCAGUUCACCACGCGCUCACGACGAUCGUGGCAAUCUGACCGCAAGGAGUCCAAUCCAGACACACGUUCCAGGAUGACGAAAAUGGAGACACAACCCGACUACAUACAGAAUGGCGAGCUCCGAGAGUUUCAGUUGAAGGGACUAAACUUCUUGGCACUGAACUGGGCCCGUGCCAACAAUGUCAUCCUCGCUGAUGAAAUGGGUCUGGGUAAAACAGUACAGACCGUGUCGUUUCUCAGCUGGCUUCGCAAUUCCAGGGAGCAGGAAGGUCCCUUUCUGGUUGUGGCACCUCUGAGUGUCAUUCCUGCCUGGUGCGACACAUUCAACAAUUGGUCCCCAGACCUCAACUACAUUGUUUACCUAGGCCCCGAGGCAGCCCGCGCUACCAUCCGCGAGCAUGAGCUCCUCAUAAACAACAACCCCAAGAAGCCCAAGUUCAACGUGCUUGUCACCUCAUAUGACUAUAUUCUUCUGGACGCAGAAUUCCUCCGCACCAUCAAGUGGCAGGUUCUCGCCGUUGAUGAGGCACACAGGCUGAAGAAUCGGGAGUCGCAGCUUUAUGCAAAGCUACUAAGCUUCAAUAUCCCCUGCAAACUACUAAUCACCGGCACACCUAUCCAGAACAAUCUUGCUGAGCUCUCUGCUCUCUUGGAUUUUCUCAACCCUGGAAAGGUUUUGAUAGAUGAUGAUCUCGAGCUACUGGGUAAAGAAGUCGAGAACAAGGAAGAAGAUCAGGCCGAAGAGGAGGAGAAGCGCCGUGAAACCCAAGCCAAGCUCACACAGCUGCACAAGGCCAUUGCCCCCUUCAUUCUUCGCCGGACGAAGGAGACGGUCGAGUCCGACCUCCCGCCAAAAACCGAGAAGAUCAUUCGUGUAGAACUUUCGGAUGUGCAACUGGAGUAUUACAAGAACAUCUUGACCAGGAACUAUGCUGCUCUCAGCGAUGCUAGUGGAGGCCACAAGGCCUCUCUGCUCAACAUCAUGAUGGAGCUGAAGAAGGUCAGCAACCAUCCUUACAUGUUCCAGGGAGUUGAGGAGAGGGUUCUGGCUGGCAGCACCCGGCGCGAAGAUUCUAUCAAAGGCUUGAUCAAGAGCAGUGGCAAAAUGAUGCUUCUCGACCAGUUGCUUGCAAAGCUCAAGAAAGACAACCACCGCGUCCUAAUUUUCAGCCAAAUGGUCAAGAUGCUGGAUAUCCUCGGUGACUAUCUGCGCGUGCGCGGCUACCAGUACCAGCGUUUGGACGGUACCAUUCCAGCUGGACCGCGUCGUAUGGCCAUCAAUCAUUUCAAUGCGCCAGAUAGCGAAGACUUUUGCUUUCUUCUGUCAACUCGAGCUGGUGGUCUUGGUAUUAACCUGAUGACGGCCGACACUGUGAUUAUCUACGACUCGGACUGGAACCCCCAAGCAGAUUUGCAGGCUAUGGCGCGAGCCCAUCGUAUCGGUCAGAAAAGGCCUGUCAACGUCUAUCGUCUGGUUGCCAAACAGACUGUUGAGGAAGAGGUCGUCAACCGUGCACGUAACAAGCUUUUCCUCGAGUACCUGACCAUUCAGGCUGGUGUGACUGAUGAGGGCAAGGCGCUGCGAGAGCAAUUCCAACAGAGAGGACUCAAGCUUGACGAGGCCAAGACGGCAGACGACAUUCAGAACAUCCUGAAAUUGCGUUCCCAGAACUUGUUUGAGCAAUCCGGGAACCAAGAACGACUUGAGCAGCUAGAUAUCGACUCGAUCUUGGAGCACGCCGAAGUCACUAAGACGAACGUUGAUGACAAGAUGAACUUGAGCAGUGGAGGUAUUGACUGGGAUAAUUGGAUGCAUUUCACGGAUGUGAAAGUCGACGACCUGGCUCUCAACUGGGACGAGAUCAUCCCUGCUGAACAAUUGGCCUCUAUCAAGGCCGAAGAAGAGAAGAAAAAGCACGACGAGUAUCUGGCCAAGGCCCAAGAGGAGAACGCUCCCCGCAAAGCGACACUCAAGGCGAACAGGCGUAAUGGUGGCGGUGGGGACAACGAUUCGGAAAGGGCUGAGCGUCUGGCUAAGAAGCGUCAACGAGAGCGACAAGAGCAGGAGGAGUUGGCAGAACAGCGUGCUCUUAUGUCAGACCCUCGUCGUGCCCUGAACGAAAAGGAAACAAGGAACCUGAUCCGCGCCGUGUUCCGUUAUGGCUCAUUGGACGAUCGUGAAGAGGAAGUGCUUCAGGAAGCUCGUCUGACUGACCGCGACCCCGAUUACCUAAGAGAAAUCGUCAGUGAUUUGGUUGCCAAGGCCCGCGCAGCUGUGGAUGAGAACAGCCGCAAGCUUCGUGACGAGGAAGAGAAAAGCGGAAAAAUCAUUGCAAAGAAGGACAAGAAAGCGGUUCUCGUCGACUUUGGCGAGGUCAAGAAGGUGAAUGCCGAAACUGUCAUCGACCGUCCGCCUCAGCUCAAGCUUCUGAGGAAGAUCAUACUCGAGCACGGCGACAAUGCUACUUUCAGGCUACCUGAUGCUUCCAAGGCGGCACAUUACAGCUGCGAGUGGGGUCCUCGCGAAGACGGCAUGCUCCUUGUUGGCAUAGACCGGUACGGAUUUGGUGCGUGGACUCAAAUUCGCGAUGAUCCAGAGCUGAACAUGGAGGGCAAGUUCUUCCUCGAGGAGCACCGAGUAGAGAAGAAAGAAGAAAGAAAGCGCGGAGACGACAAGAGCAUCCAAUCUCCCGGUGCUGUCCACCUCGUCCGUCGUUCUGAGUACCUUCUGUCCGUACUACUUGCCAAGCAUUCAGACGAUGCAGCAGCACAAAAGGCAGUAGAAAAUCACCAUCGCAGCAAGAAAAACCUCUUGGUUAAUGGAAACCGCCGAAGUGAUGUCGGGUCUGCCUCGCCGGCGCCGGCUUCAAAACGCGCCGGCCAGGGUAAGGACCGUAACAGGGAUCGGGCAUUCUCUCUAGGUGACCACCGCGGUCUGAGCAACGGAGACCGCGGCACCCCGCGGCCGGACAAGCGAAAGCAUGAGAACGAUCAUGACGAACGUGGUCACAAGCACCGCCGAGUGGAAGAGCGCCAUGGCAAAGACAAAGAGAAGCGCAAGAAGCUUGAUCCAGAGGCUAUUGAGCGACUUAAAAAGGCACGGGAGAGAUCUGUACAACGUUUCGACGAGCUCAUGCGGCUUGAUGACACAAAACUCGACUAUGGCAAUUCAGAGCAUCUUAUGUGGUCGCUGCUGAAGCCUGUUCGGAAAAACUUUGAGAAGAUCAUGCACACCACGGCGGAUCGUGUCGAGAAUGCCAAAGAGCGUGCGAGGAUCAUGGGCAAUGAGCUUCAGCAGAUCGGCAACUGCUUUACAGACAUGAAGGCUAAUAACGACAGCAUACCGGCGGAUCAGCUGGAAGCAUUGAUGCCCCGGUUUUGGGACUUCCUGUCGUCGAUUUGGCCAGUUCAUGAGGUCGAGGUUUCUGGUGGCCAGUUAGCAACCAUGUACAAAACUCUCAAGGAAAAGUCGAAACAGCCCAAGACAGGAGAAGCCUCGUCUGGUUUGAAGCUCAAGAGCCAGAAGCGCCACCGAAUGGACCUCGAAGACGGAGAGAUAGACACGGCGCGCGAUUCAUCAUCACGAUACGACGCCGGCCGACGUGACCAUCGCCGUGAUUUGGACGAUUACUACCGCCGCGGUGAUGAUCGCCGCGGCGACCGAGACCGCGAUCGUGACGAGAGGGAUUCGAGACGAAGGUACUAUGAAAACGGAGAUCGCCUGAGCUUUGGCAAAGUGCUGGACCGGCGAGACUCGGGUGAUAGGGCGCGAUCCUCAUGGCAUAACAGUGCACGCAGUCCUCACCGAUGAGCAACCCUCGAUGGCUGAGCAAUCGCGUCAUGGCUGGCUGAGUUAAUUAGAAGGGUUAUAAGAUGGCAAGACUGGCGUAUAUGCUACCACCUGUUUCAGCGCGAAUCGGCUUUGCACUCGUUAACCCGGCUCUUUUCUCUCUAGCUCCAAGCUCAAACCUCGCAUUCCAUACUAUUGAGGGGCUUGUACUAAAGAGACGAAUGUAUUCAGCACUUCAUAUUGCGUUACACUAUGCGACAUUCCACAAUUGUUUCUGGAAGGACUGUUUUUUUGAACCAUUGCUUUUGUUACUUCUGCAUUUUGUUUGGCGUAUGGGACGGCGGUCCGUCUGUCAAUGGGCAGCGUUUUUGAUACUAUUUCUUUUGAUUUUCUUUUUCACCAUCUCUCUAUGCCCACCUUUUUUGGUCUGCUACAAAAGUAAGAUGCAAUCUUAUUAUCCAAAACAACACAAAAGAGUGAACUUUUUUCAACUAUUCCAAAACCUCUUCUGGUCACUGUGAUUGGCUUUAUAUACAAAGACCAUCAUGUUUCCUUUCUCUUUACUGGGGCGCACAGUCAUGUAACUUGUCUCGAAAAGAGCCUGGCGGUGAGCUCUCGGUUUGGGGACACUUGACCGGUGUGGUCCACUUUUUGGUGUCCAGCUGAAGAGCUCCUCAUCUAGCCUACAGUGUUCCCCCUUACAUAUGGUUUCUUUCUUAUGCAUGUACAAAGUAAUACUUGGAAGUGGGUGGCUUCUGCAAUUGGGAACACCCGUAAAAUACGGAGAGGACAAAAACAAGAGAGAAAGGAGGAAGCUUUCAGGCAAAUUAGAGCAGGGACGGACGCGCGUUGACUUGGCUCGGGAAUUGUCUGCAAAAAAAAAAAAAAACAGUCAGACCUUGUAUCCCAAGUGUGUGGGCAGAAGUCAUGACUUGGUCUGCAACGGCUCCUGGAAUCAAAUACAUCGGCAGUGUUCCCAUGUUCUUCGUCGUGGAUGCAUACUGUGGCGCAUGUCCGAUGGGGCUUUGCGUGAACCCGCAGUCAGCAGAACCCUUUGCACAAAAGUUCACUCAUGCCAAACAACAGCCAGAAAACUCGCUUUUUCAAAUAAAGACCCGAACGAACAUUGCUUCUUGUGCGACGAAAAUAAAUGAUUUUUCUAUUCCCACUAAAAGAGGAAAAAGGGUACGCCAGUUUUGUUAUGUAUCAUGUAUAUACAUUUGCCAGAUAAAGAAUAUACCACAUCAGAAGAGUGAAUCCCAACUGUCCCC